CCAAGGUAGAUUAGAUUCAAUUAAACCGUUUCCCCCCUCUCCCAGAUCAAAUAAGAUCUUUAUCUCUUCAUUGCUCGUCCACCACUUGUCGCCCAAUUACUCAACAGCUACAAUGCAUCUAUAAGCCCGCUAGGAUUGCCAAGCUGAAACCCUCCCACAAUCCGCGAUCGACCCAUCAAUCAAAAUACCCCUAAAGUCUGGCCGAGGCGAGGAUCCCAGUAAACGUCGAGUAAUAAGUUCAAGGUUGAACCAACAAUCCGAGGACUCGAUCAGAGGAGAGCGACAUCACAGUGAGGCGACUUUGAAUCAAGUGAGGUGAUAAACACCAUCGCUGGGGGUGUUGUCAAUUCUCCGUCUGAACUCCUUUUCUUCAAUAUCUUUGCCUACAUUUCUAUCAGUGCUGAAUCACGCUCUCCUCUUGCAUGUAUCGACCACCACAGUCGGACAGUGCAUAAGGACGUCCUUGCUCGCUGGACCUCUUCUUGAAACCGAUACUGGCACUGGCACUGACUGACACUGCCGUUGCUCGGUGUAUCCCUGUCCCUGUCACGCAUCAUCGUUUCAACAUCGCAAAUCGAAAGAAACGUAUUCUCCCCAUUUCAACCUCUCAACUCCACCCUCAGGUCUUGAUAGAAAUCACUUACGCAAGAAUCCAAGUGAUCACGACAACUCCCUGGUCCAUUCAGCAUCAUGAGUAGCGACGGUGUUGGUGGCCGCUUCUGGCGCAAGCAGAAGCUCGGCUCAAGGGACUUCACUCUUCAAGAGCGCAGAGCAACAGGUGAGGGCGAAGGAGAUGUUGAGGCCGAGGAGGGUAGCAUUCGCCAAGGAGUAUCGACAGAGUAUCGCACUUACAAACGACGUUGGUUUGGUCUCGCUCAGCUUACGCUGAUGAAUAUUAUUGUGUCGUGGGAUUGGAUGACCUUUGCACCAGUAGCAUCACAGGCUGCCGAGUACUAUGAUGUACGCGAAUCUACCAUCAACUGGAUCAGCACUGCAUUCUUCCUUGCAUUUGUGGCUGUCUUUCCCAUCAGUAUUGCCAUCCUCCAUCGGGGUCCGAAGCUGGCCUUCAUGACAGCCGCCGUUCUCAUUCUCAUUGGCAAUUGGAUUCGUUACGCUGGUUCUACCAAGGCUAGUGGUGGAAAUAUUGCCUAUGCCAUGGCUGGAGAGAUCAUCAUUGGAUUUGCCCAACCUUUUAUUCUUGCAGCACCAACUCGAUACUCGGACUUGUGGUUCACUAACCGUGGACGUGUCGCCGCAACAGCUCUGACAAGUCUGGCCAACCCGUUUGGUGCAGCAUUUGGACAACUAAUUACACCACUCAUGGUUAAGAAAUCUGGCGAUGUGUCAAAUAUGGUCCUAUACAUCUCCAUCAUUUCAACGGUUUGUGCCGUGCCUGCGUUCGCCGUUCCAGCCAAACCUCCUUCGCCAGUUGGUCCAGCAGCUGAGACCCCUAAACUCAGUCUCCGUGAAUCCUUUGGGGUUUUGAGUCGUUCUCUCGAGAUCUGGCUGAUCCUUGUUCCCUUCUCCAUAUACGUCGGUUUCUUCAACUCGAUCUCUUCACUUCUCAAUCAGAUCUUCUCGCCAUAUGGCUUUUCUGACGAUGAAGCUGGUAUCGGCGGUGCCGUCCUUAUCGUUGUUGGACUCAUCGCCUCCGCUAUCUCGUCACCCAUUAUCGAUCGCACGAAGAGUUUCCUCCUAACUCUCAAGAUUCUUGUCCCCCUCGUUGGCGUCAGUUACCUGGUUUUUGUCUGGAUGCCUGAAACGAGGGAUAUUGCUGGUCCCUACGUAGUCCUCGCCAUUCUGGGUGCCUCCUCCUUUUCGUUGGUUCCUAUCGCACUCGAAUUUCUCAUCGAACUCAGCCACCCACUCAGCCCCGAAAUCACUUCAACUUUGGCGUGGGCUGGUGGCCAGCUAUUCGGCGCUAUCUUCAUCAUCGUUAGCGAUGCGCUCGUGGCAGAUAAGGAUGCGAACCCUCCGAAGAACAUGAAGAAUGCCCUGAUCUUCCAAGCAGUUGUGGCUCUUGCCGUAGUGCCCCUCCCUUUGUGCCUGGGGCUUUUUGGCCGGAAAGAAAAGACUAUGCUUCGACGUGUUCGCUCAGAUGAACAAAACCGGUCGGACACGACUGUAACGACUAACGCAUGAUUGGAUUUCGAACUGAAUGCAACAGGGGCCUGACGUAUGGUUUCCCAAGCUAUGACAUUGGGAGCUAUUAAUAUUACUGUCAUUGUCGCAAUAUACCCAUUUCCUUUUUAGUUAAACGCCGAUUGGAUCCUUUAACCACGAUGGGAUUUUGUCCUCUAUGCCUAUUUAACCCCAAGAAUGGUUUCCCACUCGUAUCGCAUGUUCUCCAUCUUUUUCCAGCAUUCGGCGCCCAGUUCCUCGAAUCUCAUGAUAUCUUCCUUGUUCACGUCUUUAGCGCCUCUCUUUCGCCCGAUGGUCUUCUUAAAAACACCAACAGCAGUGUCCGCCUCGAGCGCCGCCGCAUCCUCGACCUUGCCCUCCCAACCCCAGCCUUCAACUUCUGUCUUCUUAACUUCGACCUGCAUGUGACGGUUCGAGCUGCUCCCCCACUUGAUGCGCUCGGCACCUAGUUCAUCAAGCGCAGAUUGCUCUUGGAGCGCAAUCCAAACAGGGGAUUUGGCACCGGUAUAGCUGUCUGUGUUGUGCCAGGGCGAGCCAAUCCAGCGACUGAUCAGAAGAGCAAGUUCAUAUGCCCACAUGAGAAACCAGGGAACUGGGAAUAGGGUGCUGGCAACAAUACCCGGAUGGGUGAGAUACAUGCGCGGUCGAAUGGGUUUAUCGCGGGCCUCAUUGGGGUCGUCGGGAGUGAAGAAGCGGCUGGAAGAUGGCAUGGCGGCAGGAAGAGUUGCAGUAAGGGAGAGGAUAUCGGUGACCCGUUUGGCGGAUUCGUACGGGCCUUUGCCAUUGAAGCACUGGAAGUCGGACAUAUCGAGAACAUUAUCGAUGGCCUCAAGGCUGCUGGACCAGACAAGACGGCCGGGUGUUUCGGUUUCGGAUCGCCGACUAAGUAGUGGAAGGAGUUCAUGGGCCAAUAUGUAAUGACCAAAAACACACGCUGUAAAGACCUCGCCGAGUAAAGGUUCCUUAGGCUGCAUUCAGUCAAUCGGUGAAAUCCUUGAGAUGCUGAGACUCCGACUCACAUAGUUGUAGCUGCGCUUUUCGUUCAAUAGAGCGGUAGGGAGGGCCAUCUUGAAGUUUGGCCAAGUAACAGACUGCACCAACCCCUGGGUCAAGAUAGUCCAUACAGCUUUGGGAUAAUUGACCCCUGACCAUCCACCGUACGCAGCAUUGAAUACUACAGUAUCCAGCCUGGGAAUGCGUACAUUUCGUAGAUACUCGCCC